AUGGCAUUAUCACUACCUACAGAAAUUCUGAUGGAGAUUUUUUCAAAUCUUCCACCACGGGAUCUUUAUUCUUUAUCAGUGACAUGCAAACAAUAUAGGACUCUUUUAUGGUCAGUUACCUCUACCACACAAUGUAUCUGGCGUACAUCAAGACAAAGUUUCUUUGAAGAUUUAACCCUACCGCCACCUGAAGGGAUGUCAGAACAAUAUUAUAUUUGGCUGAUGGUGUUGUUGGACAAGUGUCAAUUCUGCAACGAAGGCGCUAAAUUUAAAUUGACAAUGUAUUGGGAGUUCCGUAUGUAUUGUUGUGAAAGUUGCUUAAAGGAAAGAACUAUAAGUCAACAAGUUUUGGUCAAUGAAUCUAGAAUCCCAGAAAUCUUAAUACCUUGUAUGCCAUAUGUACGGCGUAAUUCUGAUCCAUGCGAACCGCAAUUGUUUCUGAAAAAAGAUGUCGUUUCAACCUUGGCAUUUUAUGAGAAUUUAAUACCCGAAGAAAAAGAAAAUUGGAUAAUUUUGCAAAAAGAAAAAAUUUCAAAAUUAUCAAUGGAUAACGAAGGUUAUAAUAUUCAACAUGAUCGAACAAGGUAUGAUAUUAAUGAGCUGAUUGUAAGAACAUUAAGUAGAUAUCUGUAA